AUUCAGGACACAGCAACACAUCGCAAGUUCAAGCUCCAGUACAUCAAGCGCGUGUCAACUUCUCAACUUCUUGAACUUCACACCGAAAGCACCCCUCCACCAAUCCACGGCUCAGCCAUCACAACCCUGCUACACAACGAAAAUGGCAAACGUAAUUGCGAAUACAGGCCACGAUGAAAUGAUUCAUGACGCCGUACUGGACUACUAUGGUCGGCGAUUAGCGACAUGCUCUUCAGACAAGACGAUCAAGAUCUUCGAGGUCGAGGGCGAGAAGCACACACUGGUGGAGACGCUGCGAGGACAUGAAGGCGCUGUGUGGUGUGUAGCAUGGGCGCACCCAAAAUACGGCAAUAUCCUCGCAUCCUCCUCCUACGACGGCAAGGUCCUGAUCUGGCGCGAACAAUCCUCCACCUGGCAGAAGAUCUACGACGUUGCCCUACACACCGCAUCCGUAAACCUAGUUGCUUGGGCACCGCACGAAGCAGGCUGCCUUCUCGCCUGCGCUUCCUCUGACGGAAAUGUCUCGGUCCUCGAGUUCAAGGAUAAUGCAUGGACACAUCAGAUCUUCCAAGCAUGCGGCAGUGGUGUGAACAGUGUGUCUUGGGCUCCUGCUGUUGCUCCAGGACAGGUCAUUAGCGCGAGUGGAAACCAAACGGGCGCUGCGAGGCGAUUUGUUACAGGUGGAAGCGAUUGCCAGGUCAAGAUCUGGGAAUUCAGCGCCGAGACUGGAAGCUGGCAGAACUCUGAGAUAUUGCCAGGACACACCGACUGGGUGCGCGAUGUUGCUUGGUCACCUACGGUUCUCUCCAAGUCAUACAUUGCGUCCGCGUCGCAAGACAAGACUGUGCGCAUCUGGACAUCUUCAGACUUGCGUGACUGGAAGUCUACUCUUCUUAACGUCGAUGCCGUUGCGUGGCGCGUGAGCUGGAGUCUGAGCGGCAACGUAUUGGCAGUAAGCACCGGCGACAACCGGGUCAGUCUCUGGAAGGAGAGGUUGAGCGGCGGAUGGGAGUGUGUCAAGACAAUAGAGGAGUAGGGCUCCUCGCCGACAGGCAAGGAAAACCCACACCGGAAGCAAUGCUGUAAGCUACAGGUAAAAGAUCAAAUCAUGUAGCAGAAGACCACGACCCUCACAGUACAUGAGGUUGGACCAAGAUCUUGGAAACGCUGUCGAGGCGUUUUUUCCGAAUAGCGUGCAUGAUCAGAGCGAUAUCAAGGAAACAAUCAAUCGUCAAGUCCAUCUAACCCG